AUGAGAAGACUCCAGCCUGGGGCGUCCCCUGGCACCUGCUGGCCGCCCCCGCCAUCCGGCCUGGUCCUUGGUCGCCGGGGUGGGGGGGACGCUUGGGUCAGGGUGCCCAAGGUUGGGGACGGGGAUGCCCACCAGGACCCGUUGGGACCGGUCGGGCGACCAGGCGGGAGGAGGCGGGUGACAAGAGGGGACCCGCCCCUGGGUGGGGGGGCCCCGGGAUGCCGGAGAGACCGGAAAACCGGGGUGGGGAGAGACGGGCCCACAGAGGAGAAGGAUCUCCCCGACAGGUCCAGCCCGGGGCGGGCAGCCCCCGGCCCCCCGGAGGAGGAGGAGGAGGACGAAGAAGGGGACGGGGAUGGAGGGAGGCCCUCCGGGGAGGCCGUCAGCCUCUCCCCGCUGUCGGGGUCUCCUCCGCCUCUCACGCCUCCGGGCUCCCCGGCCUCCUGCCUCAUCUGCGUCUCCCCUUACGACGGGCUCUUCCGGACCCCCAAGCGCCUCGCGUGCGGCCACGUGUUCUGCCUGGAGUGCCUCUCCCGCCUCUCGCUGGCCUCCCCGGCGGGGGCCCAGGUCCUCCGCUGCCCCGUCUGUCGCCGCUCCACCCUCCUGCCCUCCCGGGCCGGGCCCCCCGCCCUCCCAACCCACCCUGUCCCCUGCUCCCCGGACACCCCGGCCGGUUCCGUCCACUUUGACCGCCGCCGGGGCGUCUUGUACGUCCGCCCACCCGCUGCGGGCACGGCCAAGCACCCCGUGCCCGCUCCGCUCCGCCUGGGCCGUCCCCGCUCUUCCGCCGGCCUGGGGUCCGGCCGGCCCAACUGGGCCUUCCACGCGGCCGUCACCCUGGCCGUGCUGGUGACCUCCGGGCUGAUCGUGUCCGGCAUCUACAUCUUCUUCCUCAUCCCCCACGCCGCCUCCUCUGCCCACCACCGGCCUGAGGCGGCCCCCUCGCCGCCUCCGGCCGACCUCUCCUGGUUCCUCCCAACCUCGCCGGACUCCCCGGAGCAGCCGACGGACGGAGACGGAGCCGCGGACUUCGCCGGACGCACCCUCGACGGGAAGCCUCCUGAGGCCCCCUCAUCCACGCUCCAUCCCAGGCGCCGGGCACCACCACGGCCCGAGAGGUCACCGGCCAGGGGUCGGAUGAGGGCGGAGAGCGUUGGCCGAGGACAGAAGUCCCUUCCCGACUGCUUCGCCCGGGGGAAGAGUUUGGAGUCCGGACUGAACGCCUGGAACCCAAGCGCGGAGACAGACUCCGGCCCAUCCGGCCGGCUGCCGUGA